UACAAAUCGAUUUUGAUUGUCGAGCUCAACAACAAUGGAGGACCAUUAAGCUUCAAUUUGUUGCGAUUCUUGCGAAGAUCUCAAGCCGAGAUGAAGUCGAUUCGCUUAGAGAUAAACAUUUUUAUGGAUUUCGUGCUUAUGGAAAUUAAGUAUGCUGUAAGUGAGGAAAAUCCUGAGAAGUUGUGCAGAGAGAUCAUCAGGUUGGAGGGAGAGAUUCUUGCCAUGGCUUCCACUAUUGAGCAGCAACAGAAGGAAUUUACGGAUUUUAAGGAUCGGGUAGUGCCUAUAAUUGCCGAGAGAAUUUGUACCUUCUGUUACAGUGCCAGUGCCAUGGACUUGGAAGAAGAUCAACUUACGAAGCCGGUAUCAUUAGGAAUUGAUUCUGGCAGCAAAGGAACUGCUGAUGAUCUGAGCAAUUCAUCGCAACUCAUGCAAAUUUUUCUGCUUCCAUUUGCUUCACACGGGAAAAAAAUAAUCAAU